GCGGCGCACACCAUGUUCCAGCCGUCCGCGAAGCGCUGCUUCACCAUCGAGUCCCUGGUGGCCAAGGACACGCCGCUGAGCCCCGACGAGCCGCUGCGCCCCGCCGCCCUGCCCUACGCCGGCCCCGACGCCUUCGCCAACGGCUUCCAGGGCGCCGCCGGCCGCUCCCUCUACGGCAGCGCCGAGCUCGUCUUCCCCGAGGCCGUGGGGCACCCGGCGCUGCCCGUCGGGCCGCACCAGCUGGCCGCCGCCUCGCCGCUGCCGCACCCGCACCCCUUCUUCGGGCCGCAGCCCCGCGACCCGCUCAACUUCUACCCCUGGGUGCUGCGGAACCGCUUCUUCGGGCACCGCUUCCAAGGGAGCGAGGUGGCCCAGGAGAGCCUGCUGCUGCACGGGCCCUUCGCCCGCAAGCCCAAGCGCAUCCGCACCGCCUUCUCCCCCUCGCAGCUGCUGCGCCUGGAGCGCGCCUUCGAGAAGAACCACUACGUGGUGGGCGCCGAGCGCAAGCAGCUCGCCAGCAGCCUCAGCCUCUCCGAGACGCAGGUGAAGGUCUGGUUCCAGAACAGGCGGACGAAAUACAAGCGGCAAAAGCUGGAGGAGGAAGGGCCCGAGGCGGACCAGAAGAAGAAGGGCUCCCACCACAUCAACCGAUGGCGGCUGGCCACCAAGCAGGCGGGCGGCGAGGACAUCGACGUCACCUCCAACGACUAG